AUGAAAGAUGUGGCUGAUGCUCUGAACUACAUUGGGUGGCAUGCAGUUCUCUGUGAACACCUGCUCAACAUGGGUGCUACCUACUCUAAUGAGGAGGCUAUCUUCAAACUACUACAUGAUCUUCCACGAUCGGCAUCAUGGCCCCAAUUCAAGUCUAUCUCCCUUGUUUCCUCUUCAUCAACCCCACUCACCUUUGAUGCAUGUGUCACUUGUAUCUCUGUGGAAGCUGCACAUCUAACUGAUGAGUAUGCUCUCAAGAGUAAGCCCGGUUCUGGAUAUGCUGCUGCUGUGCCUACCACUAACAAUGUCAACCCAAUCACAGGGUUGCACAAGCACUGUCACAAUCCUGAAGGCAUGUUUUGCACUACUGUUGGGUGCAAUAAGGGUGACCACAAUCAUGCACAUUGUUACUUAAAGGGUGGGGGAAUGGAAGGGCAAGCUCCCUGGCUAAAGAACAAGAAGAAGGAGAUGGUUGCAGCUGCAGUUGUAGCUCCGGUUCCUGCCCUGGUUCCUUCUCCAACAGCUCCUGCUCCUUUGGCCACAAUCACAGCUUUUGUGGGCUGCCAGGCGGCUGCUGAGUUGUUUCUUGCUGAUCUUUCUUGUGCCUCAAUCAUUGAGAUACCAGAUGCUGAUGUCAUCCCUCUCUAUCCUGUCAAUUCCAUGAUUCUUUCAUGUCUUGUGGCUGCUGGGUUCAACACCAUCCUUGAUUUAGGAAUGACCACCGCUCUCAUUCAAGACUGUUCCUACUUCUGGACCUACUCUACUGCAGACAUUGUCACUGUGCAGACCAUGAAUCAUGGGAGCCUUGUCAUGUCUGGACAUGGGGAUUGCAAACAUUGCAUUUGCCUCAUAAACUGCUUGCAUGUCCCCUCUGCCAUGCUCAAUCUCUUAUCUGUGGGCUGGAUGCUAAGCAAAGGCUGGGACUGUGCCUUUCAUGCUUCUCCGCCAUGUUGUGAGUUGGUAUAUAGAGGAUCUGAACUCAGGAGCAUCCCCAUGGCCAACAGCCUCUGUUACAUCAAUCUUGAAUUCCUACCUGCUUCUCCAUGUUCACCGCCAGCUCUCACUUUUCCCUUAUUCCUGCCUGACCUUGCUGCAUUCAUACAUUCGGCACCCACUCUUGACUUGUGGCAUGCCCAUCUUAGCCACAUUGGGGGGGGGAAUCCGUUUGUCAUCUACCACUCUUUGCUACCGGUGCCACCAUGCCACCCACCUCUUCCUUGUCAAAAUGCAAGUCAUACAUUAUGGGCAAGCAUCCUUGCCACCCUCAUCCCUCUUUUCUGA